AAGGAUACCUCAAAACCUAAAGUCGGCCCCGACUCGACUUCUGGCACAACACUUCAGAUGGCCGAACGAGGGUUCUUCGUUAGCUUCUACUGAUUCUUCAAAAGCCACUUCAGUGCCACCAGCACCAAUCCAGUUCGAUAGCUCAAGUCAAGCUGCUGCUCCUCAUCGUAUUACAAGGAGUGCUGUUCGGCAGGCCAGUAAUACAAAAGGUGCAGUUGAUCAUCAAACUCCUGCUACAUCUGGUACUAAGGAAGGCAGUUUUCGUCAACAGAAGUAUGCCGCCCAAAGUAACAAUUGUAUAGCGGCAAAACCAAGUGCGUUACAUGAAGUUACCCCUACUUCAUCGAAGACACCACGAAGGGUUGCAACCCAAAAGAAAAGCAGUACUGGAAAGCGGAAAAAGACGGGCCGCGGGCCGCCGACGUCAACGCCGCGGACUCCUACGAAUCUAGUGUAUAGCACUGAUGGAGAAAAUGUUGCUCGAUCUGAAACGAAUCCAGCUAAACAAGUGUCGCCGUCUUUGAAAACAAGUAGGGUUGCAGUCACUCAUGCAACCCGUGAGGCGUCCGCUCAGAAGAGUGUGAAGAAGGCGAUGAUGGCAAAAUCAAGUAUUUUGCAUAAUGUUACUCCUCCCUCAUCGAAAACAUCUCGCAGAAUAUCUCACAAGGAGAGCACCACUGGAAAGCGCAAAAGGGCAGCGUCAACGCCGGUCACUCCUGAAAAUUUAGCCUCUAGCACACCCAGCACUGAUGGAAGAAGAGCUCGUCGAUCUGAAACGGAAAAUGCUGGAAAGAAGUUUUCAUCACAGAAAACAAGUAAUGCUGGAGUCACUCGCGAGGCGCCAGCUCAAAAGACUGUACAGAAUGUUAUGAUGGCAAAACCGAGUACUUCACAUAAAUUUACUCCUGUCUCAUCGAGAACGCCUCGUAGUGGUGCAUCAUCAAAAGCAGCGGUAUUGGAAACCGGAAAAGGGCCGCUCCUGAAAAUCUAG